GCGCGUCGUGCCUGCAGCUUCUACACACUCUCUGCAUGCAUGCUCGCCUCACACACAGGCUGAAACCGAGCCGCGACGCCUCCGUGGAAGGAUUUAAUGUUACUGCCGCUCUGGAAUAACUUUACUGCUUUUUUUUUUUUUUUUUUUUUUUUUGCGCCUCUUGGGUCCACGGCGUCCCCGUUUCUUUCGCCUGCAGAUUAAAAUCUAAAAAAGCUUGACGGUAGUGAGGGACAAGGACGGAGACAUCAUGCCGCUGAAUUCAAGUUUGGCGAGUAAGAACUAUGACUACGACUACGACUCUCUGCAGCCGUAUUUUUACUUCGACAACGAGGAGGAGGAUUUCUACCCGCAGCAGCUCCAGCCUCCGGCGCCGAGUGAAGACAUCUGGAAGAAAUUCGAACUGCUGCCGACCCCUCCCCUCUCGCCGAGCCGCAGACCGUCGCUGUCCAGCAUCUUCCCCUCCACCGCAGACCAGCUGGAGAUGGUCACGGAGUUCCUGGGCGACGACGCCGUCAACCAGAGCAUCAUCUGCGACGCGGACUACUCCCAGACCUUCCUCAAGUCCAUCAUCAUCCAGGACUGCAUGUGGAGCGGCUUCUCCGCGGCCGCCAAGCUGGAGAAGGUGGUGUCCGAGCGGCUCGCCUCGCUGCACGCCGCCCGGAAGGAGUCGCCGGUGGCGGCCGGGGGCGGCGGCGCGGAGCCCGCCGGCGCGGCCGCCUGGAGGCUGAACAGCAGCUACCUGCAGGACCUCAACACGUCCGCGUCCGAGUGCAUCGACCCGUCGGUGGUUUUCCCCUACCCCGUCGCCGAGACGCCCAAGCAGGGCGCGGGCACCGUGCCCAGCAAGGACCUGGGGCUGGACACGCCGCCCAACAGCGGCAGCAGCAGCAGCAGCUGCAGCGACUCAGAAGAUGAAGAUGGAGACGAGGAGGAGGAUGAGGAUGAUGAGGUGGAGGACGACCAGGAGGAGGAGGAGGAGGAGGAGGAGGAGGAGAUUGAUGUGGUGACGGUAGAGAAGAGGCAGGCGGUGAAGCGGUGUGACCCCAGCCCGCUGGAGACCCGGCAUCCCAGCCCGCUCGUGCUGAAGAGGUGCCACGUCUCCACCCACCAGCACAAUUACGCCGCUCAUCCAUCCAUGAGGCACGAGCAGCCGGCUGUCAAGAGGCUGAAGCUGGAGAGCAGCAGCAGUGGAGGCAGCGGCGGCGGCGGGAGCGGCCACAGCAGGGUCCUCAAGCAGAUCAGCAGCAACCGCAAGUGUUCGAGCCCGCGGUCAAGCCCCCGGACGUCCGACACGGAGGACUACGACAAGAGGAGGACUCAUAACGUGCUGGAGCGCCAGAGGAGGAACGAGCUCAAGUUGAGCUUCUUCGCGUUGCGAGACGAGAUCCCCGAGGUGGCCAACAACGAGAAGGCGGCCAAGGUGGUGAUCCUGAAGAAGGCUACAGAGUGCAUUUACAGUAUGCAGACGGACGAACAGAGACUCCUCUCGGUCAAGGAGCAGCUGCGGCGGAGGAGUGAACUUCUAAAGCACAGACUGGCACAGCUACAGAGUGCUCGUGCUUAGAGUUUGACACAGACUUUCUUGUUUUUGGCCUUUUUUUUAUGCAAGUUCAAGGCUUUGGGUGUACAGUUAUUGUUGUUGCAUGCAAAUGCAAAAAGGAUUAAGUUGUUUGGAAUCGUGUUUGAUUUCAAUGUUGAAACUGCCUCAGCUGAAGUUAUGGGUGGGUGAAAUAUUUAAAAGUUUAUUUUUAUUAAUAAAAUGUUAAAAAAUAGGGCUGUUCUUGUUAAAUGCCCACACUAAAAUAUAAAUUUUUAUGUUUUGUAUAUAAUUAAUAUUUCUUAAGAGUGUAUUUUUGGAUCUCAAUUGUCUGGAUGUUCAGACCUGGUGUUUGGGUUUUUUCUUAUGUUCCUAGAUUCCUUUUGAAAUAUAAAAGAAAUGUUUCUUCUUGAACCUGUGUCCUUGUUCUUACAAUGAAAAGCAUCUCAU